AGAUAUUGGAUAUUUAACCAACAUUGACCUUCGAAAUAGCUAACCUUGUGUAACCAGGUCCGUUCCUUGGAGGGCUGUAAGAUGACAAAAGAAAAACCAGGUUUCCUAACUCCAAAAGCUAUAUCAAACAGAAUCAAAUCGAAGGGACUGCAAAAACUGCGAUGGUACUGUCAGAUGUGUCAAAAACAGUGCAGAGAUGAAAAUGGUUACAAAUGCCAUACGAUGUCGGAGUCCCACCACAGGCAAAUGAAACUUUUUGCCGAAGACGGUGGAAAGUUCAUCAGCAGUUUCUCUUCUGAUUUUUUGAAAGGAUACCUCGACAUACUACGUCGACAGUUUGGAGGGAAACGCGUGCAUUCCAAUGUCGUUUAUCAAGAAUAUAUCAAAGACAAAGAACAUAUACAUAUGAAUGCGACGAGAUGGCAUACACUUACAGGACUGUGCAUGUGGCUUGGAAAACAGGGAAUUUGCAAGGUAGAUGAAACUGAGAAAGGGUGGUUUAUCGAAUACAUCGAUCGCGACCCAGAAAAGUUGAAAAAACAAGAACAGAGUGAGCGUUUGGAAAAGACAGAAGAUGAAAUCAACAAACAGUUUCUAGAGCGUCAAAUAGAACACAAUAUCAACAAAGUUGAACAAACGGAAGGUCCUGUAUACACUCCUCUCAUCCGCACCAAUGAAGAUGAACCAAUUAAAUUGGAGAUUUCUUUGUCUCAAAAAAAGCCACCUGUCCAGGUGAUGAGCACAGAGAUUGAUCCUUCCCCAAGUUCUUCGGAAGAAAAACCUACUCAAAGUCUUAUGACGUUGGGUCCGAAAAAGGAAAGAACUGCAAAUCCACUCUUGAUUGCUGAGAAAAAAGCACGUGAAGAAAAAUCCAAAUCUAGUUCUGAAAAGAAGCAAGACACACGUACUACAGCAGUUUCUGGAGUUCGUCGACGUGCCUUGGAUGAAUUAAUGGAAAAAGAAGAAGCUCUUAAAGAUAAGAGAAAUCGAAGAGAUUACUGGAUGACGGAAGGGAUUGAAGUCAAGCUAAUCAAUCGCAAACUUCCUGAUGAUCUACGUUGGAGACAUGCCACAGUUUUGAAGAUGCUGGAUAAUUACACGGCUAUCGUACGGACAGUGGAAUGUCACACAAAGAUCAAAGUGGAUCAAAAUCACGUUCAAACUGUUAUUCCUGAACCAUCAUCAACAGUUCUUAUUGUUAAUGGCGCAUACCGAGGAGAGUACGCUACUUUAGAGCAAGUUUUUAAAGAAAAGAAUAUGUGUGAAAUAACAGUGAUGACCGGUCUGUGUAUGGGUCGUCUGGUUAAGAACGUUUCUUUGGAUGAUAUUUGCAAAUUGUCAGAAGCAAGACAGGAACGGUAGAAUUGUUUUCAGUUGUCCUUAGUAAUAUAGACUUCUGUUGUUCAUUUAUAGUGUACAGUACUUCCAAAUAACAACCAGAUAUUUUUCUCAUGUUGUUGUUAAUUAAAAACAAGGUUCAUUUUUGAUCAGUUUUAAGAUUCGUAUCACGUUUUUUUCAAGAUAACAAAUAUAUUUAAAAAACAACUGA